AUGUUGAACUACACUGUGGUAUGUACAAUUAAUAAAUCCGAGCCUGCUUAUCAGCCGAACGUCUACCUGUGCAGGACGGGGAGCUACUGUUGUUUCGCAGAGGGUGAAGCAGCAUGUUGCCUUUCUAAUAUCACUCUAGAGAGUGUGUUCCAUCAAACGUAUCCGAUUGUGCUCGUCUUUCUUGGAUUUAUGUUUGUGGCACUACUUGUUAGAUUUUACUUCACCGACGAUGAACCACGUGCAGAAAUCGAUAACGAGAGUUCGAAAAAGAACUCAGUGAUGGCCGUUUUAUAUCCUACCGCUGAGGAUGACCACGUGGAUGAUCCACUUUUCGGGAAAGUCUUUGAGGAACGUGUAGCCAGACGAGCGUAUGUGUCGAGACAGUUCGAAACCGCAGAAACUCUUCGUCGUCGUAAAUCCACCUACACAAUCGAGGACUAG